AUGUUUAUCUUUAAUAUUCCUGCUAAUGCCACGUGGGCACAGAACGGUGUGACUAUUGCUGGAGAUCACGGGUUGGGUAGUGCCACUAAUCAACUCAACGAGCCUUUUGGUCUCUUUGUUGAUGAUGAUCAAACAGUGAAUGGACAAGUUGUUGCUGGUAGUAAAGGCCAAGGAAAUGGAUUGCAUCAAUUGGAUCGUCCAACUGAUGUAUUAAUUGACAAAGAGGCGGAUAGUCUCAUUAUUUGUGACGAGGGACGAGUUGUACGAUGGUCUCGUGGUAGUCGUACAACACAAGGUGAAAUACUCAUCGACAACAUCGAUUGUUUUGGAUUAGCAAUGGAUGAACAGAGAUAUCUCUAUGUCUCUGACUACGUGAAACGUGAAGUAAGACUAUAUCAAUUGGGUGAGAACUAUGGCACUCUCGUAGCUGGUGGAAAAGGACAAGGUGAUGGUC